AUGCCUACUCCAUUGGGUGAUACACUUCCUUCAUUAACUUCUCAAUCUACUUCAGGUAAUCCACGACAUUCUCAUCUACCUGCACAUCACGAUCCUCAAUUUCCCUACGCGCAAGAACUAGACGACUUAUCAACAGCUACUUCACGCCACAGAAACGUUUCCUCUUCUAAAUCUAAAUCUAAACCUCAUUUGCAUUUGGAUUUGCACGGCGCAACACAGGCAGAAGACUCGAAACAUUUACUCGGCGAUCAAGAUUCUACAGACGAAGACGAGGAGGAGGUUAUUGAAUCGGAUUCUAUGGGUACUCGCUCUCGUAAAGGCAAAGUUCCAGAGCCACUUGGCUCUUCCUCUGCCACAAGAGGUGAAGACUCUCAAUCACAAAAGGGCAGUAUGAAUGGCAACGUCGAGUACCGGCGCAAAAAUGCGAACCUCGACUCUCCGGGUGUGACUGCGAAUCUCAUGUCGCGCGAGUCUUUUACGUUAGAUGAUCCUAUACCGAAGACUCCUACCCUCAACAACCAUGGGUUUUCCGAAUUGCCAAUGCAGGACAAACGGAACUUUCUUCUUCUAGUCCUAUUAUAUUUCUUGCAGGGUGUUCCAAUGGGUCUCGCGACCGGCUCGGUACCUUUUCUACUCAAACCACACAUGUCGUACAGCGCUUUGGGAGUUUUCAGCUUAGCUUCAUAUCCAUACUCUUUGAAGCUCCUCUGGAGUCCAAUAGUGGAUGCAAUAUGGAGUCCUAAAGUAGGAAGAAGAAAGAGUUGGAUCAUGCCAAUCCAAAUACUAUCAGGAUUAGGAAUGAUAUGGCUAGGUUCUCAGAUUAAGGAAAUGAUGAUCACAGCUGGAGCAAAUGAUGGAGCAGGAAUUUGGGGUUUCACUGGAUGGUGGUUCUUUUUGGUAUUUAUGUGCGCCACACAAGACAUCGCCGUCGAUGGAUGGGCUCUCACCUUAUUGUCACCGGGAAACAUUUCAUAUGCAUCGACCGCCCAGACCGUAGGAUUGACAGCUGGACAAUUCAUGUCUUUCACAGUUUUCCUAGCUUUUAAUGCCCCAGAUUUCGCCAACAAAUGGUUCCGAAAGACUCCCCUUGACGAAGGAGUUAUGACUUUGGGAGGAUACCUCACAUUCUGGGGUUGGACAUACAUAAUUGUUACUCUUGGCCUCGCGCUUUUGAAGCGUGAAGAGAAAACCAAGAACGAGGAUGGAAUCUGGGAUGUUUACAAGGUCAUGUGGGGAGUUCUCAAGCUCAAGAAUAUUCAAACGAUCAUCAUUAUCCACUUGAUUGCGAAGAUUGGUUUCCAAGCUAAUGAUGGAGUUACAAAUCUCAAACUCAUAGACAAAGGAUUCAGUCAAGAAGAUAUGGCUUUGACAGUUCUUAUUGACUUCCCCUUCGAGAUUGGGUUGGGGUACUACGCCGGAAAAUGGUCGACAUCCUACACACCUUUACGCCUAUGGUGUUGGGGGUUUGUCGGUCGUUUGAUUGCUGCUGUUAUUGCUCAAAUCACGGUUGUUAUCUUUCCCGCUAACGGAGUCGAUACUUGGUAUCUACUUGUCGUUAUUGCGGAACAUAUCUUCUCGACAUUUACCAAUACUGUUAUGUUUGUGGCCAUCUCAGCUUUCCAUGCCAGGAUUGCGGAUCCCGUCAUUGGUGGAACUUAUAUGACAUUGCUCGCUACCGUUUCUAACUUGGGCGGUACAUUCCCUCGUUUCUUCGUCCUUAAGCUUGUUGAUUACUUCACCACUGCUACAUGUAUUCCACCAGGAUCCGAUUAUAAACUCGCUGCUGAUCUCAAGGGGCCUCUCAUCACAUCUACCUUCUCCUGCGCCUUGGCUGCCGAGAAAGAUCGAUGUUUGUCUGGAGGGGGCAUUUGUGAUAUCGAGAGAGAUGGAUACUAUGUUGUGAAUAUUAUUUGUAUCAUUUUUGGAGCUGUUACAUUUUGGGGAUACAUCAAACCAGCAGCUCUGAAAUUACAAGCUCUACCAUUAAGAGCUUGGAGAAUCAGCGAGGGCAGUAACUAA